GUCGUAUAAAAAGAAUCAUAAAGAAAGCGGUUCAUCGAAUUCAUUAACCCACAACGUGAGUGAUCGUGCCACACACCAAAAACAAAAGCGCAUACAGUCGCUCCAUAAAGUCGUUAAAAAAAGAGAGAAGAAGAAGAUGCAGAAAAAUCGCAAUUAACCUAAAAUUACAAUAGGAAAAAUUAGCAGUGAAAAGAAAAUUAAGCAAAAACAAUUUUAAUUUCUUUUUACAUUUAAUUUGCAAACAAUUCAUAAAAGUGUUUGGUGUGAAAAAAUCUCAAUUGCAACGCAGUUAAAUCGCAUUGUUGUUGCAGAAGUGCAAUCAAUACGUUGCAUACAUUCAUCCUAGCACACCAACACAACAAGCACAAACAGCAACAACAACACCGCGCACAAAUAUGGAUGUCGCUUGGCGUUUUCGUAUCAUGAUCUUCACCGCGUUAGCCUUGAUGUUGUUCGGCGAUUUUUACGGUUAUGGCAGUGUACGCGGCGUACAAUCGGAUACAAAUCAGGCGGCGGCAGCGGCGGCGGCCACCACCGGGCCGGGCAAAUUCCAGCAGAGCGACGCGGAUAUUGAAAUUGGCGAAGACACAGAAAUCAAUGAUUUCUCAGCUGUCGCGCUUCAACGCAAGCAAACCACACUCAAAUCUCAAUUAACAGAUGCCAUAAAGGAGUCCUGCCUGCCAAAAAUGCUCUGCGAAAUGUCCGCAAAGCCAGAAUAUAUGCUCACCGAAAAGGAGAAAGAUCUCUUGUACUUAAUAAGAUCCUCAACCAUGUCGCUGGCAAUGAAUUCAGCGCCGAGUAAAUGGCAUUUUGCCGCUCACAUGGGCGAAUUACUUCGGUAUACAGGCGAUGAUAACAGCGGUCCUAUGGGUUGUGCAAAUCUGUGGCCUAAUUGUCCGAUUAGUUCAAAGAAGUUAAUGAAAUUAUCGCAUAAGGUGAAGCUGUAA